AUGGCUGUCAGUCCGGCUGGUGUCAGGUUAUCCAUAUGGAUGGCCGUGUUUACCGGCAUUACCACCGCCGUGAUCGCCCUUCGCAUUUGGGCGAUCCAUUUGACUCGCAAGAGCCUCCAGCUCAGCGACUAUCUGGUGUUUGUCGCCUAUAUUGCGACAUGUGUAAUGGUUGGUUUGAAUUACUGGGCCAUAGCAAACGGCCUAGGCGCACAUACUGACGAGCUGUCGGAGAGUCAACUCAAUGUCCAAUUCAAGAUGAUCGUCGGUAUUAGCAUGACAUGGCUCACGGGCACUGUCUGCUGCAAACUCUCGAUCCUGGCUCUGUACACCAGUCUCUUUCGCACAUUCCGUCCGAUUCGCAUCCUCGUAUGGACGGUGAGCGGACUCGUGGUCGCAUACUUCAUCGCAUUUCUACCCAUCUUUCUCACCCAGUGCCACCCGAUCUCCCAGCAGUGGAAACCAGUGCCUGGAGGGGGAUGUCGAUCAUUGGCGAUCCAAGAGAUCUCCUCAAUCGCCCUAAACAUCUUCCUUGACACAUCCAUCGCUCUGCUACCCAUCCCCGCUCUCUGGCGACUUCACAUGGCACUUCGCAACAAGCUCACAAUUGGCGUCAUGUUCGGAAUGGGUCUCGUCGUCGUGGCAGUAAUGAUCUGGCGCCUAGUCAUAACCCUCGACCCAAGCACAAGCAAAGACUUUGUCUUCGGCCUCUACCGAAUCGGCCUCGUCAGUUUCCUCGAACUCUGGCUCAGCAUGAUCAUCGUCAGUCUACCCGCUCUGGCACCCCUCUUCCGCUAUUACAUCGAGCCACUCUUCUCGCAGAAGCGACCGAGUCGCGGCAACCUCCGCGAAGCACAGCAUACCAUCGGCAGUGAACCCCGUAAACGGGGGGAGUAUAUGUACUCGGAUAUCGAGAUGGGGGGAGGCAAUUACUCGGCGCAUGUGAAAACGGGGAUGAGUUCUUCUCAGAGUGAGGGUGAGGAUACAAUUGGGUUGGUGAGGGAUAUUCAACCUAAUGCGAUUGCGAUGCGCAGGGAUAUUGUGGUGCAGGAGGGUCGCAAUCCUAAUCCGGUUUGA